AAAUCACCUGCAAAUUGGCUUCCUGCUUCAUUUAACCAGGUAAGAACGGUUACUAGGUAAACCGAUAAAAGGUAAUGCCAUCUUAUUGCUAAUAUAUGAAUAAUACACCUUGACUUUCUAACCCAGAUUACAGGAUGUUGACCAAAGGGGCAAGCAGGAUUAAGGAGAGCUGACAUUUUUGGUUACAUUUAGCUUUCAUGGUCAAAAUAAUAAAGUGAUUUCGAUCACUCUGAAACUGUGAAACAGUAUCUUGCACUGAGUAAACAAAAGAAAAGUAAAAACAAAAAAAGUAAUAAUAUUAAAGUAUAAUACUGUGCUGUAUUAAUCACAGUAAAAUCUCCCCAUAACAUUUUAUUUUUUCCCUUAGAUCUUUUCAAAUUAUAAGACAAAGUGUGGAGACUUCAGAAGACUAUUUAAAGAUCUGCCUGACACUGAGCAACUUAUAGUGGGUGAGGGAGUUAAUUUUAUAUUUGAUUGUGUGCACAUGCAUUGUAAGCAAGUAUUAAAUCAAAUAAUGUAUCCUUUUUAGUUAAUUUGAUAAAAAUAAACAGGGUAAUAUAUUGCCCAUAUAUUAUAUUAAAACAAAGCAGUUUUAGAGUUAUUUUUUAAAAUUGCCAACAUACCAAUGUAACUUUUAUCAAGAAAUGCCUGCAGUUUAGUGGUGGCUGUUCAUCACAAAGAGAGGAGAGCAAUUUACUUCUUCCAUUUAACUUCUCAAACUAAUCAAUAAUUCAUAGACAAAAUGCAAAGGAAAUUAAUUGUUUAAUUAGUGGUUGGACCAAAGUGUACUCCUUUUGACAGCUUUAAUUUCUCCUUCUAAAAUCACCUUGUGUUAGAAGUCAUAUGAAACACUUGACAUAGUGUUUUGACAUCACACAUUCAAACGCCUCAAAGUUAUCAAAAAUACUCCACUGUGCAUCAAUUCUUUUCUCAGUGUUUGAUUAUCUUGUGAUGAAACACUGUUUCUCAUGUUUGAUUUUUUACGAGACGUAAAAGUAUGGACUUUUUCAGUUUUUAGUUUUAACUGUCCCCUCCUUGAUAACAGUGAACAAGAGCUCCCGUAAAGUUCUGUUGGUCCACAGCUGAUGAAAAAUUUGACACAAGUCUGUUUCUGACUGUUGGCCGAAUAUUGGCCAGCUGUCAGCCAACUGUGGGGUGACUGUCUGCCAAAUGUUGUCCGACAGUCAGCCAACAGUUUUCUGGGGAACCUGUACCAAAGAUAACUUAAAACAAUAAUAUUAUUAAUGUUUGAUCAGUAGCCUUGGGUUGACAUUUUUAUUAUCAAUGUUUUCAUGUCUCAAUUUCUUACAGAUUACUCAUGUCGAAACGUCGCUCUAUAGAAUCAAGUACCGGCUGAAAUACAUAGAGUUUUGACCGAUACAAAGAUACGAUUGUAUAAACCGACCCUUUGUAAACACUCAUAAUGAGAGAAAGGAUUAUUCAGGUGUGACUUAAGUAGAAUAAAUGACUGUAUGGAGAACUUUAAAGAAACUAACUUAAGUUAACUAAGUUACCUGUUCUCUUUUGGAGUAGACCCUACAGGCUGUUUACCGGCUGGGCAUUAGAAAUAUCAGCAAAUGUAAUAAUCUACAUUUACUGAUAUUCUGAUAUUUCAAUACUUAAUAAAACCAUAAUAAUUUAUACAAACAUAUCAGUAUUUCAAUUUAUGUUUUUAUUUUCAAAAUAGUGUUGUACUUAAUUAUAAAUGAACAUUUAUUAUCCCAUUGACAAUUACCUUUUACAUUGUUUAAAUACAAGGCAAUGAUUUGCUAGGAAAAUCAGGUAAACCCACACUUGUAGUUUUAAUAAAUUUGAAUGUUUGAACCUUCUGUAGGUUAUGUUAAGAAUCCAAAACUUUGUCUAAAAUUUAAAAAUUAUUAAUUUAUUAUCUAAUAAACUACUUUAGGUCACAAUUAAAUGCACUGACGUCAAUAGUAUAAGGAAAGAAAAGACUGCCCUGGUAAUACCCAAUGCUGUACAAGUGUGCACAGAGACUGAAAAGGUAGGUUAAUUUAGUACAAAUAACUUUAACAUUAUUCCUCACAAAGUAAGAGUCAUGGCCUGGACAUGGCCGUCAUGCAGGUUCCCCUGUUGUUUGUUUGUUUGUUUUUUGUCUGUUUUUCUUUUACUUCCUUAUUGUCCCUUUACCCUGAGACUUUGUGUGGCUAGUAUAUUAAAUUAUUGUUUAGGACUGUGAUGUAAUGUAUACAGGGUUGUCACUAAGAUUUCAAGUUGCCAGGUAAAUACAACAAGUAGGUGGAGAAUUAGGCAGCUAGGGAUUUCCUUUGGUUCUAUUUUUCUUCGUUUUUUCAAUGAAAAUAGCCGGGGGAAAACCCUGGCAUUCGGCUAUUAAUGACAGCCCUCUGUGUAUGAGAAAUGCGUAUUAUCUACCUGACUGUGUUCUUGGGUUGAGUUACAUAUAAUAUUAAUACUUUUUCUGCUGCUGGAAGCAGCUUUGUGCUGUACUGAAGUCUACCCCUCUGCACCCUCCCCCCCACCCCCCCAUACCUGAUGUAUUACAAAAAGGACUUAAGGACUUGCCUGUCUCUCCCUUUAAGUAAUAUGAGCAGCGUUAAUUAUACUGUAGUACUGUUGCAAUUUAUAUAUCACAAUAUCAGACAAUAAUGUUACUGAACUAAAUGACAUUUUUUGUUCUUUCAAUCAUAGUACUUUUUUGCUUCAUUCAUAUCAAGAGACACUACAUACACAGUUCUCUUCAGGAUUUGGCAAAAUGCAUUAUUAGACCAGGUACACUUAAAUGUUACAGGGCUGUGCUCUAGCAGAGCUCAGUGGCCCUUGGUGCCCGACUUAAAUUGCUCUAGCUUGGGUGACUAGAAAAUCUCAGAUUUUUCGUACAAAUCAUAUGGUGGGCACCCAAGGUUUUACAGGUUCAGCGCACUGGACUUCCUUCAAAUUUCCCCAGAGCACAGCCUUGUUUUAUGUGUAUUUUUGCAGACUUACUUUUGAAAUCAAGAUCAAGGGAACGCGUGUAGCAUGGAGAUAGAGACUAAAGGCUUGCUUUGUAUGUGACUGAGAAUUACUGAAUUCAGAACACAAGAAGAGAAAUUCCAUGUUUUGAUCCAGUUGCAAGUUCAACAACUUUACCUUUCAUGUUGUUGUGCAUGCUAUAGUAUUUUUAUGGUCUUCAGCUUUGACAAAUGUCAAUCUUUGUCGGUGAAAAACAUUUUUCUUUCCCUUAACAAAAAAUGGAAAUUUAAUUGUCCUGGUUACAUAAGAUUUUUCAUUCCAAUUUUCUCAGCCACUAAGCCCAUCAGAACUUAUCCAGGUGGUUGGUAAAUAUUCAGAAUCACAUGAUGUUAGUUCUGAUAAUGAUGAUGAUUCUGAUGAUUCUGAUGAUGGCAAGGAGGUCCAACUGUCUAAUGAAUCCAGUGGAAGUGAAGCUGAUGUUGAAGGAGAAAUGCCAUCUGGGGACAGUCUUUCA